UUGCGGGGCUGCGAGGCUGACGGAGCCGCGGGCCGGCGUCUGAAGCGACCGCGGGCAGCGCCGCCGGGGACACGCAGGCUGGUGCCGGAGGCCCGCGGCCGCCGCCAUGUCGGUUCUGGGCGAGUACGAGCGACACUGCGAUUCCAUCAACUCGGACUUUGGGAGCGAAUCCGGGGGUGGCGGGGACCCGAGCGCGGGGCCCGGCGCCAGUGCGGGGCCGCGAGCCGGCGGCGGCGGCGCGGCGGAGCAGGAGGAGCUGCACUACAUCCCCAUCCGCAUCCUGGGCCGCGGCGCCUUCGGGGAGGCCACGCUGUACCGCCGCACCGAGGAUGACUCACUGGUCGUGUGGAAGGAAGUGGAUUUGACACGACUGUCUGAGAAGGAGCGUCGUGACGCCUUGAAUGAGAUUGUCAUCCUGGCGCUGCUGCAGCACGACAACAUUAUUGCCUACUACAAUCACUUUAUGGACAACACCACCCUGCUGAUUGAGCUGGAAUACUGUAAUGGAGGGAACCUGUAUGACAAAAUCCUGCGUCAGAAGGACAAGCUGUUUGAAGAGGAGAUGGUAGUGUGGUACCUAUUUCAGAUUGUUUCGGCAGUGAGCUGUAUCCAUAAAGCUGGAAUCCUUCAUAGAGAUAUAAAGACAUUAAAUAUUUUUCUGACCAAGGCAAACCUGAUCAAACUUGGAGAUUAUGGCCUAGCGAAGAAACUUAAUUCUGAGUAUUCCAUGGCUGAAACGCUUGUGGGAACCCCGUAUUACAUGUCUCCCGAGCUCUGCCAAGGAGUCAAGUACAACUUCAAGUCUGAUAUCUGGGCAGUAGGCUGUGUCAUUUUUGAACUGCUCACGUUGAAGAGAACAUUUGAUGCUACAAAUCCACUCAACUUAUGUGUGAAGAUUGUACAAGGAAUUCGGGCAAUGGAAGUUGAUUCUAGCCAGUACUCUUUGGAAUUGAUUCAGAUGGUCCAUGCGUGCCUUGACCAGGAUCCUGAGCAGAGACCCACUGCAGAUGAGCUGCUUGAUCGUCCCCUUCUCAGGAAACGCAGGAGGGAGAUGGAGGAAAAAGUCACUCUGCUUAAUGCACCUACGAAGAGACCAAGGUCAAGCACUGUGACUGAAGCACCCAUAGCUGUGGUAACAUCACGAACCAGUGAAGUCUACGUUUGGGGGGGUGGGAAAUCUACCCCCCAGAAGCUCGAUGUCAUCAAGAGUGGCUGUAGUGCCCGACAGGUGUGCGCAGGGAACACUCACUUUGCUGUGGUCACAGUGGAGAAGGAACUGUACACCUGGGUGAACAUGCAAGGGGGCACUAAACUUCACGGUCAGCUAGGCCAUGGAGACAAAGCCUCCUAUCGACAGCCAAAGCACGUGGAAAAGUUGCAAGGCAAAGCCAUCCGUCAGGUGUCAUGUGGCGACGAUUUCACCAUCUGUGUGACAGAUGAAGGUCAGCUUUAUGCCUUUGGCUCAGACUAUUACGGCUGCAUGGGAAUGGACAAGAUUGCUGGCCCUGAAGUGCUAGAGCCUAUGCAGCUGAACUUCUUCCUCAGCAAUCCAGUGGAGCAGGUCUCCUGUGGCGAUAACCAUGUGGUGGUUCUGACUCGAAACAAGGAAGUCUAUUCCUGGGGCUGUGGCGAGUACGGACGACUUGGUUUGGAUUCAGAAGAGGAUUAUUAUACACCUCAAAAGGUGGAUGUUCCCAAGGCCUUGAUCAUUGUCGCAGUUCAGUGUGGCUGUGAUGGGACAUUUCUGCUGACCCAGUCAGGCAAAGUGCUAGCCUGUGGACUUAAUGAGUUCAACAAGCUGGGUCUGAAUCAGUGCAUGUCUGGCAUCAUCAACCAUGAAGCAUACCAUGAAGUUCCCUACACAACCUCCUUUACCUUGGCCAAACAGUUGUCCUUCUACAAAAUCCGUACCAUUGCCCCAGGCAAGACGCACACAGCUGCUAUUGACGAACGAGGCCGGCUGCUGACCUUCGGCUGCAACAAGUGUGGUCAGUUGGGCGUUGGGAAUUAUAAGAAGCGUCUGGGAAUCAACUUGCUGGGAGGACCCUUAGGUGGGAAGCAAGUGAUCAGGGUCUCCUGCGGUGAUGAGUUCACCAUUGCUGCCACUGACGAUAAUCACAUUUUUGCCUGGGGCAAUGGUGGUAAUGGCCGCCUGGCAAUGACCCCCACAGAGAGACCACAUGGUUCUGAUAUCUGUACCUCAUGGCCUCGGCCUAUUUUUGGAUCUCUGCAUCAUGUCCCGGACCUGUCUUGCCGUGGCUGGCACACCAUUCUCAUUGUUGAGAAGGUGUUGAAUUCUAAGACCAUCCGUUCCAAUAGCAGUGGCUUAUCCAUCGGAACUGUGGUUCAGAGCUCAAGCCCAGGGGUUGGUGGUGGCGGCGGCAGUGGCGAAGAGGAGGACAGUCAGCAAGAAUCUGAAACUCCUGACCCAAGUGGAGGCUUCCGAGGAACCAUGGAAGCAGACCGAGGAAUGGAAGGUUUAAUCAGUCCCACGGAGGCCAUGGGCAACAAUAGUGGGGCCAGCAGCUCCUGUCCUGGGUGGCUUCGAAAGGAGCUGGAAAAUGCGGAAUUCAUCCCCAUGCCCGACAGUCCAUCUCCUUUGAGUGCAGCAUUUUCAGAAUCUGAGAAAGAUACCCUGCCGUACGAGGAGCUGCAAGGUCUCAAAGUGGCCUCGGAAGCCCCUUCAGGACACAAGCCCCCAGUGGGAGCCUGGCCACCGCGGCUGAAUCCUGCCGCAGAGCACGCCGGGAUGGGCGCACCACUGACCUCUGCCUGUGUGUGCAGCACUCUGCAGGGGGAGGUUGAGCGAUUACAGGGUCUGGUGUUGAAGUGUCUGGCUGAACAACAGAAGCUACAGCAAGAAAACCUCCAGAUUUUUACCCAACUACAGAAGCUGAAUAAGAAAUUAGAAGGAGGGCAGCAGGUGGGGAUGCAUUCCAAAGGAACUCAGACAGCAAAAGAAGAGAUGGAAAUGGAUCCAAAGCCUGACUUAGAUUCAGAUUCCUGGUGCCUUCUGGGAACAGACUCCUGUCGCCCCAGCCUCUAGUCUCCUGAGCCUGUAUAGUCCCAGGAAACUGGGAUGCAGAGAACUUCACCGCACACUGACUGAAUGCAGAGAGCAGCUUCCCUGGCUUCGCUCACGUGCAGACAAGGAGCGCAAGGCGGAGGCUCUGAAGCACUUUCCUUGUACAUUUGGAGAGUGGCAUUGCCUUGUAGAUAGGAUCUAGGAGUGACUUUACUGUUUUGGAGAAUGCAAGGGCCCCGUGGCCCUGGCUUUGUCAUCGGUGACUGCCACAGCAACAGCAGCUCGUAGCUCAUCUGUUGAUCCCACCUUUGAAGAGGAGACACAAUGCUCACCUUAAUUGCGCUGGUAGCAGCUUAUAUCUCAUUUAUCGUUUUCACCAUUAAGUGGAAGCUGCCUUGGGAAUUCAGCACCAGGCAUUGCCCUCUGGGUGGGGGAGGGAACGUGUAACGCUGAAGCGGGCUGGAGCCCGGCGAGGCGCCCGGGUUCCCCUGGAGCAUGGAGCAGUCUUCUGAGCCCAGGAAAGUACGUCUGGUGGAGUCCGGCCCGGGCUUGUUUUCAGAAAGUUCAGUUACUUCGUGCAGCUAAAUGCUUCAGGAGGAAAAGGGGGCGUAGAUUGCUUUUCCCCUGACGGUUGUUGAUUGAAAUUCCUUCAGCGAGGAGUAGAGAAAGGGCAGGGCCCUCCUCGUCACACAGUGCAGGUUCCAGCUGUGGCCAGUGCAGGGCAGGCUGUCCUCACUUCGGAAGAUACCUCUGAAAUGACGCUCUCUUAGAGAAUUGAGUCAGUGGGGCGGGAGGAGUGGCCUCAGGACAAAGUCCUGAGGGAGAGGCGGCCUGCCUUUGGCUGCUCUACUCGGCUGCUUAGGGUCUUAGAGGGACUGUCUUCCGGCCAGGGGAAGGCUUUUUGAGCCUGUGUCUUCAUGGCUUUCAGGGCCCUGAGCAUGCCAUCAGCCCCAGUCAUUCCCUCGCUACAUGUCUAGUCAGUAUUUUUCCCCCUUUUGGUGUCUUUUGAAGCCAUAUUGUAACUGGCAGCCGUGCACCAUCGUGCCUACCUGAGUGGCCCAAAGCCAGCACCAAACGCUGGGACUCCCUGAAGCCUGAGAGAGCAGGUCAGCCCUGCCCAGAGAAAGGGAUCUGGCUGAGAGCUCACUUCCGAUCCCGUGCUCCUCGUGUCCGUGUACACAGGACAAGCUGGCUUUCCCAGAGAACGAGUGCCCUGGAACGAACUGCAGAGACAGUUCUGGGGGAGCUCCCCGUGGCCUCGCUGAAGGGUGUGAACUUUGUCUUCCCGCCCAGCCUUGGGACAUGUGCCUUCAGCAUGUUGGGUCACCGCGGCUGUCUAGAUGAGUCUCACAUCCUUUCUCCCUACAAACAAUGAAAUUUUGUCUCAUUUUCCCUAAACCAAAAAGUAUUUGGUAAUCUGUUCAUUAUUGUAGGAGGACCUGGGUGAUGGAAAUUUUGCCAUUUUCCUUAAAAUGGUGUCAAGGCUGAUGGUCGGGGAAAACCCCAAUGGCUGGGGAUGGGCAACUCUGUUCAAUGGGAUCGUCUGGGUUGCUGUUCCCAUUGUUUUCUCGAUUCUGGGAAGCCUGGUACAGAAGUACUAAUGUAAUCACUGAAGCCUUUUCUUGAAUAAGGAAGGGGCCAACCCUGAAUUACAGAUACAAGUUCUGGGGGUCUGGGGGUUUGCUGUAAAACCUAACCGUGGGUUUUAGUUUAGCGUGCAUAUGCAGCUCUGGUUAUCUUAAGGACUGCCUGGCCUCUCACGCCCCCGUAUCCUCAUGCUCACCGUCUCAGCAGGCCUGAGAGGCAGCGCCGGCUUGGGUGUCUGUCAUGAGGAUUUUCUGCUCUGGAGCGGAGCGACGUGGGCACGUUGCUCAGACUGGGGGGACAGUGAGCACUGAACGGGGUAAGAGCCAGCCCUGCUCUUGUUCCAGGCGGGUGUGGGGGUUAUUUUCUCUAGCAUGUUCCCUUCGCAAGUCGUGGUGUGCCAUUCGUCUGGCUGAGAACCCAAGUUCUGUGCCUUAGAGACAGCUUGCACUUUCCUAAGUUGUGCCUGGGACAGCCACGUGCCUUUGCCCACCUACCAGCUAUGCAAACAGAAACCAGUUCACAGGUAGCAGCCACACGCGUCAUGGAGGGAAAGCGAGGCAGCGGAAGCGCCUUGGAAUGGUUUUCUGUGGCUCAUUCUCCUCGAACUGUGUCUUGCUUUUCCGUACGCAGCACUAGGUGUUUGAAGUUUUCUAGUAGUGUUGCUUCCGAGCUCCAGUAUAACCUGAGUGACUCCUCGGCUCUGACACUUGUCGAAGGCCUAGCUUACCUAGCCAGAUGCUUGGAAGGUUGAGGGUGGAGUGGUUUGGCAUUUCUGUGUUAAAUAAACAUUUAAACUCUUCAGUCAGUGCUGUGCCUCAGUGAGCCUGCCCGUGGGCCUAGGUCCUUGGAGAUAAAAUUCCCAACCUCUCGGCCUGCGUGAAUCUUGAUUUAGCAAAUCUUUAUAUAAAUAAGUAAAUGUUCUUGUAACACAAACACCACGAGGGUCAAGUGCACAGAACGCAUCAUUGUUUCUCCAGUUUCCUGUUCUUGCCAGCAGAGUCAUUACUGCUGCUACAAGUUUACAGAAGACAGAGUCAGUGUCAGGAGGAGGAGGUGCCCCGUUACCAGGAGGGAGGGUCGCCCCCACACCGCCCUCCCCAGACUCAGUUUAUGUCUCUGAAGCAUUCCCCUGUAUGUGGUCUCCCUGGCGUGGCACAGAGAGGCUGAGCAUGUCACUAAAAUUUAAAGGAAAAGCAACCUAAAAUACAACUUUUUUCAAAUGAGAUCCCUGGGCCUCCAGAGAAGUGUUCACGAUGCAGGGCAGGCUGGGAGAGCUGCAGUGAGCACCAUGCGGCAUGUUCCUUCCUGCUGCAAAGCCAGACAUCAGUUACUGUUUCAGUGAUUAACUGUGGAAAUAAACACGAUCACUAAACCUCCGGAAUCACAAACAUCAGGAGGAAACGUCUCCAUGUCACAUCUCCGCUGCCUCCCGUGCGGUGAUGACAGAAGGUGCUGUGCUGGCUACACUGCCCUUAAGAAACGGGAUCUCAACAGGCUGCAGACACUUCUAAGUGAAAUGAGUUUCCAUGUGAGUUUCGCCAUAAGACUUUUCCCAUGGCUUAACCUUUUGAACUUUAAAAUUUAUAAUGUUUACUUGUACUAAAGUUUCUUGGAUAAAGAAAUAUAAAA